UGUUUAUUUUCUUUUUCUGUCGGCAGUCGGCCGGCUUCCUGAAAUAAGUCAAAAAAACAAAACGCACAAAAUGCCGGGUUAACCGUCAUAAGUCAUUGGAUUGUACUAUACUAGCAGUCCCCAGAAAGUCCAACACUCGAGCAUGCUCCGCCACCGCGCCAUGUCCACCGCCACUGCCGCUGCUAUCCUAUCUCCCAGAACGUCAUCAAAACCACUCCUACCCCUCAGAAACCCUAUCUUCUCAUUCACUCCCGUUCACCCCAAUAACCGUCUCUCUCUAUUCGCCAAAUCAUCCCUCCGUUGCUUCGCUUCUUCGGCCGCAAUGGAGAAAGUCAAAGUCCAGAACCCCAUCGUCGAAAUGGACGGCGAUGAAAUGGCGAGAGUCAUAUGGUGGAUGAUCAAAGACAAACUUAUCUUUCCACAUUUGGAAUUGGAUAUAAAGUAUUUUGAUUUAGGGAUACUGAAUCGUGAUGCGACGGAUGAUAGAGUCACUGUAGAAGCUGCUUUAGCGGCUCUCAAGUACAAUGUUGCUGUGAAAUGUGCUACCAUAACUCCUGACGAGACCAGAGUCAAGGAAUUUGGACUGAAGAGCAUGUGGCCAAGUCCUAACGGCACAAUCAGAAAUAUAUUGAAUGGCACCGUUUUUCGUGAACCUAUCAUAUGCAAGAAUAUUCCAAGACUUGUUCCUGGUUGGAAGAAACCCAUUUGUAUCGGCAGGCAUGCCUUUGGAGAUCAGUAUCGUGCCACUGAUACGGUUAUUAAAGGGCCCGGAAAGCUAAAACUGGUCUUUGUCCCAGAAAGUGGUGACAUGCCAGUGGAACUAGAUAUUUAUGAUUUUAAAGGACCUGGCAUUGCACUUGCUAUGUACAAUGUUGAUGAGUCUAUUAGGACUUUUGCCGAAUCAUCAAUGUCAAUGGCAUUUGCCAAAAAAUGGCCACUUUACUUGAGCACCAAAAAUACAAUACUCAAGAAGUAUGAUGGCAGGUUUAAAGAUAUAUUUCAGGAGAUUUAUGAGGAGAAGUGGAAACAGAAGUUUGAGGAACAUUCAAUAUGGUAUGAACAUCGAUUAAUUGAUGACAUGGUGGCUUAUGCAAUGAAAAGUGAAGGCGGAUAUGUUUGGGCUUGCAAGAACUACGAUGGAGAUGUCCAGAGUGAUUUACUUGCUCAAGGAUUUGGUUCUUUGGGUCUGAUGACCUCUGUAUUGUUAGCUGCUGAUGGGAAGACACUAGAAGCUGAAGCAGCUCAUGGAACUGUAACCCGCCAUUAUCGGCAGCAUGAGAAGGGACAAGAAACCAGUACAAACAGUAUUGCUUCCAUAUUUGCAUGGACACGUGGAUUAGAACAUAGGGCUAAACUUGAUAAGGACGAAAGGUUGUUGGCUUUCGCUCACAAGCUAGAGGCUGCAUGCAUUGGAACGGUGGAGUCUGGGAGAAUGACGAAGGAUCUUGCCAUUUUGGUCCAUGGGCCCAAGGCAUCCAGGGAGUUCUACCUGAACACAGAAGAGUUCAUUGAUGCUGUUGCAGAGGAAUUGAUCUCAAAGCUUCAGACGCCGGCAGUUGUUUAAGUUGAUCUGCUGUACAUUCUGCUGAGAACCUCUACAGAACAGAUCUUUUCGAAAAACAUUUUCCAUGGGGAUCAGGUAUAGUUUGUAUUAGUACACACAAGGUUUGGCGAAGGCAUCCGAAAGGACUGAAAUGAUCCUGGCCUGUGAGGAAAUUGCUUAGACAGUUUUUGGUUGAUUGGAAUGAAGCUCAAAUGCAAUGGUCAUUCUUGUUAAAUGCUCAUUCAGACGUUUUGUUCGCUGAAAAUGACAGGAUGUACGUUUUCGGAUGGAAUCACCAUUCACUGGUCAUCCCAUUGGGUGGCAAGGAAAUAGCCAUUUCGUUCCUUGUCAAAAUCAUUCCGGUGAACCAAAGACUACCCAAGUGCAUCUGAGAUGUAGUUUUUGUUGUGAAGACAAAGGACUUGGGUUGUUCAAUAGAUGGUUGUCUAUCAAAGAGUGGUUGCAACUUUGCAUGCUAAUCGAUUCUAUAUCUACCGAAAACUUUUGUUAGACGCCUUGCAUGGAUUUGGCACAUGACUAUAAUAAUUUCCACCAUUGUCUUUUAGUUUAUUCGCUUAAA